GCUUGCGUACGUUAAAGCAUUAGGUUGGUUCUAACUUGUAACUUGUUCUCACUAUUUUUUUACUCGUAGGAUGUUUCAACCAAUCAAACGGAGAUGCCAUUCCCACUUGAUCACCUGGUUGGCCAGUUUUAGAUUUAUAUUACAGAACAGCUGGCCCUUCCAGUUCUUACCAUACAGGAAAAAAAUUAGUGCAGUCUGCUUCUUUAUUAGUAGUUCGCUGACGCGAGUGAGACUUGGUACAUGUUCUUCUUUGACAUGAUAGAUCAAUUGUCAACCUUCAUGUUCAACUCGAUCUGAAACUUGGGAUUCUGUUUCCACUCUGAUUUGAAGGAUCCAGAUUUCAGAGGAAAUAAUAUAAAAUUGCCCAUUUUCGAGAUUUCCUUCUCCUACUUUCUCUUCUUUAAUGUUAUGCCAGUCUCAUAACUGAAUUCCCGGUUCAUCCCAUUUCUUCUUUUCCAAAAUCUUGAUCAGGGAGGUGAUUCGUUUUCCGCUUUCUUUCCUGUGAGGUUGGAUUCCGGGAAAAGAAAUGGCAGCAAACUCUGUUGUGGUCACAAUUGAGAAGCCUGACAGCUUCUCUUUACUGGAAGUCAGUGGUUCGGGUUCAUUUUUGUUGCCGGAUAAACAGAAGGCUGUAAGUCCCAAGCAAUUUACAUGGGUUCUUCUUCUCAAAGCUUACAGAGUUCUGACCAGUCUUUCAUGGCUGGCCAUGGCUUUCAGGGCCAUGUUUGUUUCAGUUAAGAAACGCAUUUCGUUGUCUGAUGUAAGUGAAGAAGACCCCAGAAGCAGAGGAAGGUUGUACAGAUUUAUCAAAGUUUUUCUAGUUAUUUCAAUUCUAGCUUUGGUGUUAGAAGUCGUUGCUCAUUUCAAGAAAUGGAAUUUGCAAAUGAUUCAGCCUUGGGAGGUUCACGGUCUUGUGCAAUCGUCCUAUAUGGCUUGGCUGUCUUUUAGAAUUGACUAUAUUGCUCCUUUUGUGAUGCUGCUUUCAAAAUUCUGCAUCGUGCUUUUCUUGAUUCAAUCUCUCGAUCGGCUAGUGCUCUGUCUUGGGUGUUUCUGGAUCAAGUACAAGAAGUUGAAACCCACAAUAGAGGGAGAAACUUAUGACAUUGAGGAUUCUUCAAGUUUCCCAAUGGUUCUUGUUCAGAUUCCCAUGUGCAAUGAGAGAGAGGUGUAUGCGCAAUCAAUUGCUGCUGCCUGUGAGCUUGAUUGGCCAAGGGAACGAAUUUUAAUUCAAGUCCUGGAUGAUUCAGAUGAUGGAAAUCUACAGCUUCUGAUAAAAGAUGAAGUCUCCUCAUGGCAGGAGAAAGGAAUAAACAUAGUCUACAGGCAUCGACUAAUCAGAACUGGGUACAAAGCCGGCAAUCUAAAAUCAGCAAUGACCUGUGACUACGUUAAAGAUUAUGAAUUUGUUGCAAUACUUGAUGCAGACUUCCAGCCAAAUCCUGAUUUCCUUAAACUAACCGUUCCUCACUUCAAGGGAAAUCCUCAAUUGGGUCUUGUCCAGGCUCGCUGGUCAUUUGUGAACAAGGAUGAGAAUUUGCUUACAAGGCUCCAAAACGUCAACCUCUGCUUCCAUUUUGAGGUGGAGCAGCAAGUGAAUGGCGUUUUUCUCAAUUUCUUUGGAUUCAAUGGAACGGCCGGUGUUUGGAGAAUCAAGGCUUUAGAGGAUUCAGGAGGCUGGCUUGAGAGAACCACAGUCGAGGACAUGGACAUUGCAGUUCGAGCUCACUUGAAUGGAUGGGAAUUCAUCUUCCUCAAUGAUGUCAAAGUUCUUUGUGAGUUGCCGGAGUCUUAUGAAACUUAUAAGAAGCAACAGCACCGCUGGCAUUCAGGUCCAAUGCAGCUCUUCCGAUUGUGCCUUCCUGCUAUCAUAACUUCCAAGGUAUCUAUUUGGAAGAAGGCCAACCUGAUAUUUCUUUUCUUUCUCCUAAGGAAACUUAUACUUCCCUUUUACUCAUUCACAUUGUUUUGUAUCAUACUUCCAUUGACCAUGUUCAUACCUGAGGCAGAACUACCUCUUUGGGUAAUCUGUUAUGUCCCCAUUUUCAUGUCCUUCUUGAACAUUCUCCCUGCACCUAAAUCUUUCCCUUUCUUGGUUCCAUACCUACUGUUUGAGAACACAAUGUCUGUCACAAAAUUCAAUGCCAUGGUCUCUGGGCUGUUUCAGCUGGGAAGCGCUUAUGAGUGGGUUGUGACCAAGAAGACUGGUAGAUCAUCUGAAUCAGAUUUGUUGGCAUUUGCCGAGAGGGAAUCAAAGUCUUCUAGUGAAGAGAAAAUCCUUAGGAGGCAUUCUGAGUCUGGUUUAGAGUUGUUGGGUAAACUUAAGGAUCAGAAACCCCCUUCUGUGAAGAAGAGAAACAAGCUCUACAGGAAGGAACUUGCUCUUGCUUUUCUUCUACUCACUGCAUCAGCCAGAAGCUUCUUGUCGGCACAUGGAGUUCAUUUCUAUUUCUUGCUGUUCCAAGGGUUGUCUUUCCUGGUUGUAGGCUUGGAUUUAAUUGGUGAGCAGCUCAGCUGAAAUGGAGUAGACAAAUUGUAUUGUUUGAGCUUAUAUUUUUUUUGGGACAUAUACUGGAAUCAAGGAGCUAAACGUGGAAAUUCACGUGUGUAUGCUUUAAAAGCAUUAGCAGAUCCGAAGCAUUUAACCUUUUGCUGGAGCUGCAUAUAGACACAUAUUAGGAACAAUUGCUAUUGGGAAUCAUUAGAUAAAGAGAUGACAUAUGAAAUUCUGUUCAUUGUAAAAUCAAAUGUUGUGGGUGUUUGAAUAAUGAGAACGACCUUGUUCAUACAAAAACAAGCAGUUCAAAACAUGGUCAUGUUACUUUCGAUUGAAAUAUGAUCUUUUUUGUUUUUGUU